UUUCAUACCAAAACCACGUUUGUUGCGAUUAUGUAAACAAGUUUGACAGAUGUCAUGUCGGAUUUAGCUCUGGAGGCAGCUGUUGAUGAACUUUUUAUAAAUAUAGAUGAAAAUAUGAUACAGUCUUAUUUGAAUCAUGAGUACCCGUUUCAUUUGGCAUCUCGGGAUGGCAACACUCCGAUGUUGUUAGCCCUGAUUCAGCGAUGUAGAGACCGUGUUAACUCUGCCACAACUGACCUUGUGCGACCUCUACAUGAGGCUUCUUUAUUUGGUCACCUUGAUUGUGUGAAAGCUCUGCUGAAAGCUGGAGCUGAGGUUAAUGUUAGAAACAUAGAUGGUGCAACGCCAUUAUGUGAUGCUUGUUGCUGUGGAAACACAGAUAUUGUCCAGAUUCUGUUGUCUUAUGGGGCUGUGGUGAAUCCACCGCUGCUUCUAGCUACACCCUUGCAUGAAGCUGUUUUGAGAGACAACUGGAAGUGUACCGAGCUGCUGGUUGAUGCUGGUGCCAAGCUCGAUUCAUCAGACUGUCACUUUGGUACACCUCUUCACAUAUGUGCCAUGAAGGGCUACACCAUGUCAGCAGAAAUCCUCCUAGCUGCAGGUGCCAAGGUGAAUGUAAUUCACAUGCAUAAUGCACCGUUACACGAAGCCGCUCGGUCCCAGUACAUGGAGGUUCUGUUGCUACUCUUGAACUAUGGCGCCAACGUGUAUGCUAGAAACAGCCACUCCAAGACUGCCAGUGACCUGGUGCCCAGCAGCACAUCUCCAGCAAAACAGUUACUUCAGUACUGGGAAAGUAAUCCUCGAGCUCUUUGUUAUUUGUGUCGACAAACAAUCCGUGACACAUUGGGCUGUACACGACUAUCACAUAUAAAUCACUUUUUACUUCCAAAAUUUCUUAAAGACUACUUGUUAUUUCUUUAAAAUGAAGUUCGUGCAUAUUCAUCAUAAUGAUAGUGUUGAACAUUAUAAGACUAUUGUAGGUGAAUGAAUGAGAUUAAGACUGGUUUUGUUUGGCAAGAGUAGAUAACUCUCAUCAUAUUUGACAUAAUUCACCUUCCACUGUGGUUGGUCUAUAAUUUUAACAUUGCCAAAGUAAAUUGUGUACAUACAUACAAACAAAGUGAAGUGUUACAUUGUAUGUAAAUAAAUAUCAAAUGAAUGUUCUAUUAAUUAAACAGUGUUAACAUGUUUAUCUCAUUGCCUUGGCUUUUAAUAAGUGCUAAAUUAUGUGAAAAUUAUUGUUUAUCAUCAUUAGUUUUUAAGUUACAGCAUUUUAUUGUUAUUAUUAAUUUUUUUAUAUAUAUAAAAUCUGAAGAAAAAGUUAUUGUAGGCCUGUAUUUAUGUGUGUUUACAUGUGACUUGUAUAAUCAUGGCCACUGCCUAAUAUGAACUAAAAACUGUUAUUGUAUGAGAUGUUGCUUUUCACCAUUACACUCAUCUCACUGACAAACUAAUAUUAAAAUUAUUUUACAUUA